ACUGCGAACAGAGACACGGAGGAUUACGGAGGAGUCUCAUGUCCUCCUUCAGGUCCUGAUCGUCCAAAGAAGAGCUGGACAUGCCCAGACCAACACACCGUCUGUGACACCAGGAUUCAGACCUUUACCUGGUUUAAGCUCGCCAGAAUGAACGGAACCGCAGGCAUCUGUAACCACUGCCGAAACACGAUCAGAGAGAAGGAAAAAAUGUCAAGACACAUAUCAACAGGACCAAGCUCAUUUAUUCCAGAAAACGAGAUCAUAGGAGCAAUGCCUUUGAGUGAUUCCACAGUGAUGCUCUUGGAUGAAGAGUUCAGCGGCCGCAUGGACAACCUGACACAAGUGAUGGGCCUCCAUCCGCAUUACCUGCAAGCCUUCCUGCGCUGCCACUAUUACCUCUUGAGGAUGGACGGCCCUCUUCCACUCCACUACAGGCAUUAUAUCGCAAUAAUGGCUGCAGCAAGGCAUCAGUGCUCCACGCUAGUAUGUCACCAUGUGCAAGAGUUUGAGCAGAUUGGAGUCUGUUCUGAUUGGCUGAGAGGUCUGGAGUUCUGCCCGCAACGGCUUCGCAACCUCAACGAGAUUAAUAAGAUCCUCGCGCACAGACCCUGGCUCAUCACCAAGCAACAUAUACAAGCUCUUGUGAAGACUGGAGAACACAGCUGGUCUCUGGCAGAGCUGGUUCACGCGGUCGUACUGUUGGCUCACUUCCACGCCCUGGCUAGUUUUGUGUUUGGCAGCGGUGUCAACCCUGACCCUGAGGUCACAGAAGUCAACGGGGUCACAGGUGACCUUUGCCCUCCAGUCAUGAAGGGUUUAUGCACCUGCCACCUAACAAACAGCAACCAAGCCAACGGGAACCCGAACACUGGGAGUGAGUUGGAAGCUCUGAUGGAGCGAAUGAAGCGACUGCUGGAGGAGAGAGAGGAUGAUGAUGCGUCAGAGGAGGAGAUGUUCACUCGCUUCGAGAAAGAGAAGAAAGAGAGUCUCCUGGUGGUGUCUGCAGGGUUUGAUGAGGAAGUGGUUCCUCCUUCGCCCGUGGCUCGGUUUGUAGACGACCCAUCGUUUGGAUAUCAAGAUUUUGCACGACACGGAGAAGACAAUCCACCGACAUUUAAAGCACAAGACUACUCGUGGGAGGAUCACGGUUUCUCUUUGGUUAACCGGUUGUACUCUGACAUCGGGCACCUGCUGGAUGAUAAGUUCAGAACGGCCUGUGAUUUGACGUAUUAUAACAUGGCCAGUCAUGAGGGUGUGGAUACUAGUAUGCUGCGUAGGGCUCUCUUCAACUAUGUCCACUGCAUGUACGGGAUACGAUAUGACGAUUAUGACUACGGUGAGGUGAAUCAGCUGUUGGAGCGCAGCCUGAAGGUUUACAUUAAAACAGUGACGUGUUAUCCAGAGAGAACCACCUGCCGCAUGUAUGAGAGCUACUGGCACCAGUUUAGACACUCCGAGAAGGUCCAUGUGAAUUUGCUUCUAAUGGAGGCCCGAAUGCAGGCAGAGCUGCUCUAUGCUUUGAGGGCCAUCACUCAUUAUAUGACCUGACCAAUCAGACUUUACCAAUUCUAAGAUCUGACCAAUCAGAUUUGUGUGUUUUUUUGUUGUUGUUGUUUUGUUUUAGUGACCGACCAAUCCAACCACACCCACAAUAUGACUUGACAUGCUAACCCUUUCUUAUUUCAUCAUGGGACAUGCCAUAGUUUUGCAUAUAAUUUAGUGUUGUGUACAAAUGAUGAAUACUUUAUUUGGGGAGGGGAUAGUUCAGAUUGACUAAAUAAAAGUUACUGAAUACAGAUCAUCCGAAUUGGCAUGUCUGAAUACAUCGUCGACUAGAAUUGUGGGUGAGCAGUCAUAAUGGUCAGACAAAUUUCGUUCUAAAAACUAACAAACAAACAAACUAAAAUCCUUGGACUUGGCCUGAUCAAUCAGACAUCACGACUUGACAAAUCACAUUUGAACGUGCAAUAUUUUCUCAUCGAAAUCUCACUUAUACUGUAAGCUAAAAUACUGGAGGACUCCAUGCAGUUGCCAUAUUAUUAUUUUUGCACAUCUAAGAAGAACUGAAUACCUUUUUGUAUCACCAUCAUAAAUGACAAAAACAGAAUGUGAGACUCCUCAAUGGAGACAAAAAAAUCUUUCUUUCUUUCUUUCUUUUUUUAAACAACUGUGCCUUUUUCAUCCUCUCAUGUACCUUGUUUAUUUCAUAUUGAAUGUACUGCAAUUUAUUUUCAGAUGAAACUGGCUUUGGUUUAGUUGUUUACCUAGAAACGAAAGCUUUUGUAGCAUUAUUACUGUACUAUCAGUCCUUUUUCCUAUCUCAGUGUUAUACUUCAGAUAGCCACCUUUUACUUAAUAUGUUUAUUAAGUAAAUAGCUCCACUAAUCUUGUGACUUCAUUUCUGUGUGAAUGUGUGCGAGUGUUUUUAAACAUCUGUCUGCAUAGGACAAAGUAUUUGCACGUGUCUUUUUGCAUUUGUGUGACUGUGAAAAAAAAAAUGUGCACAAAAACGUUAAUGAGAGUGAGUGUUAUACAGCGGGGAAAAUAAGGCAUGUUUUUUUCCUGGGAAUAAUAUUUCUAAAGGAGCUGUUGACAUGGAAUUGAACCAGAUUUUGGUGAAAACCCAAACAAUAAAGACAUAAAAAGGUGUGAUUUUUUUUCAGACUUCAUCAGAGUGUUAAAAUCUUGUUGGUUUUGGGGGUCUCGUCUAUCAAAUCUGAUCUUUAAUUUGUAUUUUAUAUUGGAUUCGAGUCAGGUGAUUGGCUGGGCCAUUCUACAGCUUGAUUUUCUUUCUCUGAAAGCAUUUGAGAGUUUCUUUGGCUGUGUUUUGGAUUACUGUCUUGCUGAAAUGUCCACCCUGAUUUCAUCUUCAUCAUCCUGCUAAUGUAGAUGUUGGACUAAAGCAGCUAAUAUUAAUUUACAAUGACGAAUGGUAGAGGGUUGCUACUGAGAGAUUUCAGCUGCUGUCUGGGCCUUCCAUGCCUUUCUACACCUUCCUUUCUUCAUGUGUUCAAUCUUUUCAAAUCUGUUUACUUUGCAUAUAUGAAUUUCUUUGGUUGUUACCAACAUCUGGGGAAAAUUCAAGUCAACACCUUUAGAAACAUGUUUUCUGAGAAAAAUGAUGAGAUGUUCAAUGCCUAUUUUCCCUUCUGUAUGUAUGAAUGCCAUUAGGAAGCGUCUCAAAACUAACUAUUUUUUUGAUACUAUCUGUGUGAUUAUUACUGUCCAUCAAAAAAGAAAAAAAAAGUUUUAUUUAUGUUGCUUUAAGAUUCAUAUUUGCACAACUCUAAUCAUGGUGCAGCAUUAGUGUCCUUUAAAAAAAUAGAUUAAGUGUAUAGUUAAAAGAUAAGCUUUAUAAAAUAAAACAAAGUGUUUCCAGGUCCAGUGCCUUAUUCAUGUUUAGAAACGCAGGUUAUGAUUUUGUUUCGUCACAUGCACACCAGAGAUUGUUACAGAUGCUUCAUUUGAGUAGGUAGAUGUGUCAUCGAAGUGCCUUUCGAAGCUUAAGGUUUUUAAAUUGUACACAGCAGAUUUAAGAAAUGCCCAUGUGUGUCUGUUGCAUUUCCUACUUGUGCUUAUUCCGAUCAAGGUGGUGCUAUGAAGUGUUCGUGCUCUCCACUCAUGAUGCAUUUAUAAGUUUCCAAAAAUGUAAGCGCUGGAACUGCUUUCCAGUGGCUCGUGACUGACCUGUAUGUUUCAAUAAAGUUUCUAAACUCUG